AUGCGCAGUAGUAGAUGGUCAGCGAGCUGCGUGGGCUUGUGCCCAGGCGCUUGUGUUUCGCGGCCUUGUGCUGGCACCGGGGGCGCCGGGUUGGCGACUUUGGCAGUCCUGGCGUUGGGUGGGCGGCAUCGUGCCCGUGGGCGCUGGGGUCAGCGUCGCGGCUUUUCCGGACGUUCGUCGGCCAGGAGGAAGGGCAGAAAGCACAUCUCGGAAAGGUGGGAAGACUAUCUCCCAGUUGAACAGCCGAUGCCUGGGACUCGUUUCCUUACUUUCAAAGUUCCUUUAAAAAAGGCACUCUGCUUGGAGCUGACAGUACAGUGGUAGGCAAAAUUGAUGUGGU